AUGGGUGAAGCUUCGAUGUGGAGUCACGAGUCCUCGAGUGAAUGCGCUGCCGAGGAGAGAGACAUCAACUACCUGUUCCGCGUGGCCCUGGCGCUGCUCCCCACCCUGCCCUACCUGCUGACCGUUGACGUCUGGAGGUGGAAGGUUUACGAGGGACUCUACCGACCCCAGGACUGGAACUGUGAAUACUGGAAACUUAGGCAGGCGUACAGCGGGGUGGUGCCCACAACGUACCGGAGCGUGAAUGAGCUGGACAUGCUGCCGACCUACCAGCUGGCGCACACCACCACCGCCACCAGGCACUACACGGCGCUCUUCAUGCAGUUCAUGAUCCUUGAGUCCCUGUGCGAGGCCGCGGGUCACAAGGGGCCGCUGCACGCCUGUGACCUCUAUGGCUCCGAGGCGGCGGGCAGAAAGCUGGCCGAGGCCAUGCGCCUGGGGGCGUCGCGGGCCUGGCCUGAGGUGCUGCAGGGGCUGACGGGGGCUGACCACAUCACCGGUGAGCCCCUCAAGCGAUACUUCCGGCCGCUGACGGACUGGCUGACUGAGGACGCGCUGACGGCUGGGCUGGGCGGCGGCCUGGGCUGGGGGGCGUCCUGGAGGCUGCCGGAUCGCAUGUAAAAUGUUAACGUUGAAGCAGAAGCAAAAAAUUGUGCAACUCUGGUACGAGACACAUUCGUACGUGAAGGUUCGCCGCAUGUUCCAGAACGAAUUUCAACUUCACCGUAGCGUCACAACACCGGACAA